UUAUAGUUUAUGUCAUGGCAGAAGAAAAUAUAGACAUACAAAGACGCUUUGAAAAGCGUCAUCAAGAUAUGCUACUUAUGUAUGAAAAAAGACGAUUGGAAAGACUCAAAGAUAUUUCAGAAAAAGUAAGCAAUUCAGAUGUUUUCUUGAUUACAUUUAACAAAGAAAAAAGGGAGAUCACUGAACUUCUUAAUUCACUGAAUUCAGUUGAGCCUUUGAAGAAUAAGCUUGACAUUUCUAAUUUGUUUGAGACUAUCUCACAAAAAAUGCUCAUUCUUCAAAAAUUUGUUUCUGAUUCUGCAUCUGAUUUACCCUCAUAUGAUAUUCGUAGAGCGCAAGAAAUUUUGUCAGAGAUAAGGAAUAGCAUUAACUUGAAGAGAGAACUUUUGCUUCCUAAAACUAAGUUUGCUUUUAAAUCAAGAGUAAAGAUUACAGAAAAAAAUGGAAAUAAUGAAUGUGGUUUAAAAAAAGUAAUAGAUAGUACAGAGAGUUCCCUAUUAUCUGAUCAAACUUUUGGUUUCUCAAAUUUGGUUGGUAAAUCUUUAUCAUUAAAUCCGUCUGAAUGUCAUUCAAAGUGUAUCAAUUUAAUUAACUUACAAGAUUGCACUGUUGAAAUUAAAGGAUGUCCUAGUGCCAUGCAAAUACAAAAUAUAAGUAAUACUAUUGUGCAUUGUGGACCAAUCAGUCGAGCCAUUUUUAUAAAUGGUUGUUAUGACAGUGCAUUACAUUUAGCUUGUCAGCAGUUAAGGAUCCAUUCAACAUUUAAUACAAAUUUUUAUAUCCUUGUUCGAAGUAAAGCUGUAAUUGAAGACUGUGAACAUGUUGGUUUUGGUGAAUAUAUGUGGAGAUAUGAUGGUAUCACUGAACAUAUGCAAGAAGCUGGUUUAGAAUUUAAUGUUAAUAAUUGGAGAAAUGUUGAUGAUUUCAAUUGGCUAAAACUUAAUGAAAAAUCUCCUAAUUGGUUUAUUAUUAAUGAAUAAGUUUAAAACGUUUAUUGUUUUUGUAACUUUUAAUUUAUAAUUGCUUUUAUCUUUUGAUUUUUUUAAA